AUGGCUUCAAUAACUUCAAUCAUAUCAAUUUUCGUCUUAUUAUUGGCUACUUAUUGCCAUUCAGCUCCAAUUGAAACAGAAUUUCAAUUUUCAACAGUAGAAAAUGAACUUACAUCUGUCACACCAAAACCGAUCAAAGUCGCAAUAGAAUUCAACACCGUUCCAAACACACAUUCUAAACGAUUAGAAGGUCACUCAAUUGAACAAUUUACAACUGAACGUUCAAUUCCAGAAAAACAUAACAGCAAUAAACGUACCUUAUUGGAUGAAUUCACAACAGUAUCAUCAUUCACCGUUCCCACGGCCCACAAACGAUCAGAUGACGAUUCGAGUGAAGAAUUCACAACAGUAUCAUCAUUCACCGUUCCCAUGACCCACAAACGAUCAGAUGACGAUUCGAGUGAAGAAUUCACAACAGUAUCAUCAUUCACCGUUCCCAUGACCCACAAACGAUCAGAUGACGAUUCGAGUGAAGAGUUCACAACUGAACUUUCACAUGUCGAUAGUAAACGAGGAAGUGAUGAAGUAGAUGGUGAAAGCACCUCUGAAGUUACAGUUGGAGACGUCAACGACAAACGAUCAGUUGAAGUUCAAAACGAAGAAGACUCCGAAGAGGCAAAACGAUCGAUUGAUGAAUGGACCACCGAAAAAGCCGAAAUGAUCGAUGGAAAGCAAAAACGAACAGAAGAACACACCUUCCCAAACGAAUUCUUCACCACAGUAGAAUCAAGCACAGAUUUCAACAACCGUGUUGUUCGACUGUUGGAACAUGAACCCGUCGACUUAGAAUUAACCACCAUUCCUGAAUCAUCGUCAUUUGAAACACUCGCUCAUACAACUGGACUUCUUAAACAACGCCACGUUCCAGUUCCAGAAACCGAAACUCCAAAAGGUGAGCGAACAGAUACAAAGUAUAUAAGCAUAACUGAAAAUGUCGGUACAGGCGAAACCAGAGACACAGAAUACUUUCGUGCUAACGAUUUAUCUACAUUCAAUCAAACUGCACAUGAACAGUAUUCUUCAUCAUUUAAUGAUGAAUCAAUUCUGCUUCUAUUUCUUCUUGCUGCACUUCUAUUUUGUAUAAUUUUCGUGGCGAGUUUCAUCGCCUUCAAUCAAAUGAAAAAGAAUUUUCAACGCCAGAGCCCAAUAAAUGAAAUGGAAGCCGAAUUAGACAAGCAAUAUGACCAACAUGAAAGUUAA